AUGACUGGAGCAAGACUGAACGGUGAUGGAGCUUCUUAUACAGAGCAGGUGAUCCUAAGCGCACUGAUCAUCACCAUUAACCUGGUUGGGAUGGCAGGAAACGUGGCUGUGCUCUGGUUCUUGGGCUUCCGCGUGCGCAGAAACGCCUUCACUGUCUACGUCCUCAACCUGGCCGGGGCAGACUUCCUCUUGCUCAGCUUCCCCCUCAUACUCUCACUGAUUUUUGCCAUCCUAUCUUCCCGUGGUUCCACGUACCCCUUCUAUUUACCAGCCUUGCUAUUGUCUAUGAUGUACUUCCCCUACAACGCGGGCCUGAGCAUGCUCAGUGCCAUCAGCACCGAGCGCUGCCUGUCUGUCCUGUGGCCCAUCUGGUACCGCUGCCACCGCCCCAGACACCUGUCAGCUGUCAUAUGUGCCCUGCUCUGGGCCCUGUCUCUGGUACUGAGCAUUUUGGUAUGGAAAUACUGUUUACCUGGGCAUGAAUAUUAUUGUGUGAAAAUUCACUGCACCAUGGCCUCCUGGCUGAUUUUCUUACUUGUGGUUCUCUUGGAGUCCAGCCUGGCUCUGCUGCUCAAGAUCCUCUGUGGCUCUCACCGGGUACCGCUGACCAGGCUGUAUGUGACCAUCCUGCUCACAGUGCUGGUCUUCCUGCUCUGCGGCCUGCCCUACGGCUUCUUCAUGUUCCUCUUAGUCAGGGUUGAGAGUUUUAAUUAUAAAUACUUCAGCCGCACGUACCUGGUUAUGACUCUUCUCUCCAGUGUUAACAGCUGCGCCAACCCCAUCAUUUACUUCUUCGUGGGCUCCUUUCGGCAGCGGCAGAGGCAGCCCCUCACAGAGGUUCUCCAGAGGGCUCUGCAGGGCAGUCCUGAGGACCAGGAAUGA